UAAAGGAUUGUUAUAUUACAAUAAGGAAAUCGUGUACUAUAAAAUAGUAUCUGAGAUAUAAGAAUUACGAAAACAACGAAGAAUUUUGGUAAAUUUACUAGUUAGUAUUAUGAUGAGGAUGGUGACUAUACUGGAUAUAUUUAAUGAGGACUGCUGGCGGCUCGUACUGGACUUGUUGUCCACUGAAGAUGUUAUAAGAUCCGAGCGAGUCAGCCGUGCUUGGCAGGAUGUAAUCUUCCGUUACCUUCAGGAUGUUGGUAUAAGCAUAGAAUAUCCCUGGUAUGGCCAUAAGGCUUCUCGUACCCAACGUGUACUAAAAAUGGAGGAAGAUGAUCCUCAGAAGUUUAAGGAAUUAACAAGGAAAUGGGGCUCAUGCAUCAAGAAAACGGAUUGUGUUAAUGAAGACAGCUUGGAGGUUAUACGGAAGAACUGUCCUGAUUUAGAAGAUGUUACGUUUUAUGGAUUACAAGAAGAUACCUUAUCAAGUGGAUCAACAAAGACCUUCAAGAAGCUGAAGCGAGUACAUUUCAGGGGCUGCGAUUCUGUAAGGAUACUCCAUACACAUUAUGUUAAAACAUCAAAUCUCAAAGAAUGCUUUGCUUUUUGUGGUCUCUACUGCUUUAUACUUAAGGCUUAUUUUGGAAAUACAUGCUGUAUGAAUAAAAAACAGUUGACAGAUAAGUGCGUCAAGCAUUGGCUGGUGAAUUACAACAUCGAGGAACUAGUAGUAUGGGGCGCUGAAGAAAUUACUGGAAAGUGCUUGGUAACUCCGCACUCUGCAAAACUAAAGGGUCUAUGCUUUAAAGAGUGUGAGGCGUUGGAUUUCCGUCAUCUACUAUCCGCUACAAAACACCUAACUUACUUAAAGAAGUUGGAGCUGGUGUAUGUUCCGAGAGAAAUCUUUCAGAAUGUCCAUUCGGUGUUAGAUAAUCUCCCCGGAUUAGAGGAUUUAUGUUUACGUUGGGAAAAGAAGAUGGAAUUGGGAGACGACUGGGCCGAGUCUAUUGGACGGUUGAGACUGCGGCACUUGGAUGUGAGCUUCAACCCUAACGUGACAGACGAGUGGCUGGUAAAGGCCUCCUGUGGUUUCGGACGACUCAACGAACUGCAUGUAGAAGGUUGUUUAGGUGUGACCGGACGCGGGGCAACCGCGGCAUGCAGCGUAGCGGGGCCGGCGCUGCAAGGGCUUCAGCUCGGCUCCAAUGUCAAGAUAAACGAUGCCUGCGUCGAGGACAUCGUCCGGACUUGCCCCAACCUCGUGUGGAUCAACUUAUCCUACUGCCAUGGUAUAACGGAAAACAUCGUGGCGCGGUUAGGGAAAGCGCGCAGUGUUCGAGACAGAAAGAUGCGUCUCAUAGUCCAUGGCACCGCGGUCGAGGGAUUUGAAAAGGAUAAGCACCCGUGGCUAAUCUUGGACUUUGGAGACUGAAGCUACGUCGAGAUGUAGUGCAAAUGGUGAAUGGCGCAAAA